CGAGCCUACCCAUUUGGCUUCCCCCCGUAACUCCCAAGGCGAAGUGAUGUGACUUCAAAUCAAGGCCGCCCAUCACUCCCCGUCCAUCGAAAUCAGACGGCAAAAACCAGACGGUCAAGAGGGUAAAGCCAUUUUCCCUUCAUCGUAAAUCCCACUGCUGAUGCAAGUGGGGGCUCUGCAGGCGGUUCUACGCUUCUCGUUCUUGUCGAGCUAUAUUACUUUAUUCAAGAAAACGGUCAAAGGCUUCAUCUUUGCACGGUUCCACCAAGAAAGCAAAGAACCCAGUUGAUCGCAUACCCUGGAGACGCUCCUCCUGCAGAGGGAAUCGGCAGGUGGGUUCGAUUCUCUUCGGAUUCUGAACAUGGGGAGAGCUGCUCCGAGUCGGUACCUUUGGAUCUCCGUUUGUGUGCUGCUCUUCGUUCACGCUCGGUCCUUUUACCUUCCCGGUGUCUCUCCUCAGGAAUUCAAGAAGGGAGAAGCUUUGACCGUGAAGGUGAACAAAUUGACUUCGACAAAAACACAGCUUCCUUACACCUUUUACUCCCUUGAUUACUGUCGGCCUCCUAAAAUUGUUGAUAGUGCGGAGAAUCUUGGAGAAGUUCUUCGGGGUGAUCGGAUUGAAAACUCUCCUUAUGAGUUCAAAAUGAGAGAACCCCAGAUGUGCAAUAUUCUUUGUCGAAAGACUCUUAAUGCAAAAACAGCAAAAGAUUUCAAGGAAAAGAUAGAUGACGAGUAUCGAGUGAACAUGAUAUUGGACAAUCUCCCUUUGGUGGUUCGAAUAGAAAGGACUGAACUGAGAGUGUAUCAACAAGGCUUUAAUGUUGGCGUCAAGGGACAAUAUGCUGGAACAAAAGAGCAGAAACAUUUUAUUUACAACCACUUAACGUUUACUGUCAAGUAUCACCAAGAUAAAGAAACAGGGGCCACAAGAAUUGUUGGGUUUGAGGUUGAACCAUUCAGUGUCAAACAUGCAUAUGAAGGUGAAUGGAGUGAGAAGACUACUACUCUAACCACCUGUAAUCCUCAUGCAAAGCGUGAGGUUACUAGCUCUGAAUCUCCUCAAGAGGUCGAAGAUAAGAAUGAGGUUAUAUUUACAUAUGACGUUCGUUUCCAGGAUAGUGAGAUCAAGUGGGCUUCUCGAUGGGACACUUAUCUUUUGAUGGCCGAUGACCAGAUACACUGGUUCUCUAUAGUCAAUUCUUUGAUGAUCGUCCUGUUUCUCUCUGGAAUGGUGGCUAUGAUUAUGCUACGUACUCUCUACCGUGAUAUCUCAAAGUACAACCAACUGGAGACCCAAGAAGAAGCCCAGGAAGAGACGGGCUGGAAGUUGGUACAUGGGGAUGUGUUCCGUCCUCCUGCCAACUCGGACUUACUGUGUGUCUAUGCUGGGACAGGGGUCCAAUUUUUUGGGAUGACUCUCAUCACCAUGAUCUUUGCUCUCCUCGGUUUCCUCUCUCCUUCUAAUCGAGGUGGUCUGAUGACCGCAAUGGUCCUGCUCUGGGUCUUUAUGGGCCUUUUUGCUGGAUACUCUUCAGCUCGUCUAUACAAGAUGUUCAAGGGAACAGAAUGGAAGAAAAUUACUCUCAAGACAGCUUUCAUGUUCCCUGCGACCAUUUUCGCUGUAUUCUUUGUCUUGAAUGCCCUAAUUUGGGGCCAGAAAUCCUCCGGGGCCGUGCCUUUUGGGACCAUGUUUGCCCUAGUGGUGCUAUGGUUCGGCAUUUCAGUUCCUCUUGUGUUUGUUGGCAGUUACGUUGGCUUCAAAAAGGCCACCAUCGAGGAUCCUGUAAAAACUAACAAGAUCCCAAGGCAGAUUCCGGACCAGCCAUGGUAUAUGCAUCCCGCCUUCUCGAUCCUAAUCGGAGGCAUACUUCCAUUUGGGGCUGUCUUCAUUGAACUCUUCUUCAUACUCACUUCGAUAUGGCUGCACCAGUUCUACUACAUCUUUGGGUUCCUAUUCAUUGUCUUCGUCAUCCUCAUUGUGACGUGUGCUGAGAUCACAAUUGUCCUAUGCUACUUCCAGCUGUGCGGUGAAGAUUACCAGUGGUGGUGGAGAUCGUAUCUCACUUCGGGUUCCUCGGCUCUAUACCUCUUCCUCUAUGCAGCUUUCUACUUCUUCACCAAGCUCAAUAUCACGAAACCUGUUUCUGGGGCCCUCUACUUUGGUUACAUGCUCAUUGGGUCAUAUGCUUUCUUCGUGCUGACAGGCACGAUCGGUUUCUAUGCAUGCUUUUGGUUCACAAGGCUAAUCUACUCAUCGGUCAAGAUCGACUAAACUUACUUCUGCACAAACAGAAGGUAAAGAGUUUUAAUUGAUUUCUGUACAAGUACUUUUAGAGAAGGCAUACAGAGUAAUCAGCAUAAUGCGUGCCAUGUGAGAGACACCUCCUUGACAUCGUCCUGGUUUCUCCUUUCUUUUUCUGUUUUUUUCGGUUUUAGUAUACUUUGUGGUCAGUUUUUCUAAUGAAAAUGUAAGAAAGGAAAACGUUUGAGGGCGUUGGUAAGCAGUUUAUGCGGUCAGGUGCUCAUUUCUGGAAAUUACAGAAACCUUAUUAGACGCUCUGCUACUGUCAGCUGAUUUUCUUCAUCGUA